UCUUGCCUUACCUCAAUUUAUUCUUGUCAUGACCUGGCACUGUCAAAAAGGGAAAUUAUAAAAUGUACCAAACCCACUAAGCAAUACAAUCAACCUUAUGGCUUGCGAUUCAAACACCAGUAUACCGAUACACGAACAAAGCGACAGCUCGACUUGGACCUCGGACGUGGAAAACAUCAAGACCGUCAAACCACAAACAGUGAUCAGCAAGCUACCACCUUCUGGCGAGAAACGAGUUGACAAUAAAAGCCCCAAAAAAAGGAAAAAAUUAAUAACCGUGUGUCUGACACAUUGCCGAUAUGAGGUAAUUAGGAAAACUGCACAAAAAUUCUCUUAUAAAGAAGUUUGCGAUGGGGAGAACUGGAAUCUCUAUUGGACAGAUUUGUCAAUAACUGUGGAAAGGUGCAAGGAAAUGAAACGGUUCCAGAAAAUUAACCAUUUUCCAGGAAUGCUGGAAAUAUGUAGGAAAGAUUUGCUGGCCAGAAAUCUGACCCGCAUGCAGCGAAUGUUUCCGAGAGAUUAUAACUUUUUUCCGAAGACCUGGUGCUUUCCUGCCGACUUGGGAGAUGCAAUCACUUACUCGAAGAUUCGGAGAAAUAAAACGUUCAUUCUUAAACCCGACGCUGGCAGCCAAGGUAGAGGAAUAAUAAUUACCAAAUCCCUUAAAGACAUUAGACCGUGUGACAGAGGAAUUUGUCAAGUGUAUAUUUCCAGACCAUUUCUUAUCGACGGCUAUAAAUUUGACUUGCGAGUUUAUACGCUCAUAACAAGCUGUGAACCUUUAAGGAUUUACAUAUAUAACGAAGGCCUUGUCAGAUUUGCGACUAGUCAAUAUAAAGAGCCUAACGGAGUCAACAUUACCAACGUGUUCAUGCACUUAACUAACUAUGCCGUAAAUAAGCAUAGCAGAACAUAUAAUCAGGAUAUUGACGGGACUGGAAGCAAAAGGAAACUUAGCUGGUUUCAUAACUAUCUGAAAUCGCUGAAGUACGAUGCCAAUGCAAUUUGGUAUAAAAUUGACGAUGUUAUAAUUAAAACAGUUAUUAGCGCCUAUCCUGUUUUGAAGCACAGCUAUGCUGCUUGCUUUCCCAAUCAUGAUGUUAUUCCAGCUUGCUGUGAGUUACUUGGGAUCGAUAUAAUGCUGGAUAAAAAAAUGAACCCUUUGAUACUUGAAGUAAAUCACUCCCCAAGUUUUCACACGGAUACUCCCCUAGACUCGGAAGUUAAAGAAGGUCUUCUGUACGAUAUGUUUGCAAUGAUGAAUUUAGAUAAAUGUGACAAGAAAAGAGUUAUGCGAGAAGACCGAAAGCGGAUCAGAGAACGCCUACUUCAUGGGAGCAAAGAUAAGGAAUAUCAAGGUAUCGAUAUACGAUCGUUUGCAGAUUACUUCAAAAAUGAAGUUGCUAAUAAAGGGGGGUUUCGGCUGGUAUAUCCUGCUUCAAAUUCUGACCAUAUUUAUGGAAAAUUCUUCGACCAGGGCCAAACUACUUUGUACAGUGACACAGUGUCCAGCAGAGCCCGAGAGGCAGCUCAAAACGCACUUCGAGGUGAGAUGGUUCUACGCCAGAAGCUCGAAGCUUCAAAAAGAGUCUCACCAGUGGUGAAGAACGAACCAACUCCUCAAAGUUCUUCGACAACUAAAUCGAUUCCCAAACCUCGAAAGCUUUCAACGCCAACAUUCCACAUCAGUGUCACAAACACUAAAAAUUCCUUCUUACCACAGCAGAUAAUAGAAGCUGAAGAAAAGGACAGGUUGAAAAGACUAGCCCAACGAGAUUACCUCCUAAGGAGCCACGGCAUGUUAGAACAUGUCUAUUUCUCUCUCAAGAAGAACGAAGUUCUGCGACCACAGGACGACAGAAAGUACGCAUUAUUUGAAAAAAUGCGCAGCGCAGCUCAGGUAAUAAACAGCACCUCGUCGCCUGGUCCAGUGAUUUCUGAUAUGCUGGAUGGGAUUCAGGAUUUAUCCAGCAAUGGAGCGGGCGAAUCGAUUGGAAUUAAGAAAGAUCUGAUCAAAGAGUGGUCUACUUUAACUAAACCAACCCCAAUGGACGCCAUCUACACGGAAGUGGACAGAUCGGGAAAGCUCAAUGUCAAGUAUUCCAAAUAUUCAUCAUCAGUGAAAUUACAUUAAGGAAUAUGUCUUUAUAUUAUUAUUAUUUUAGUGACAUUUUAAUUAAACGGAUAAAUUUAA